AUUUGGAAAAUUUGAUCGAAAUUAAAUAUGGAACUGAACUAUAGCCAACUGUUCGAUGAUCUAGAAGUCUACGAAAAUCGGGCGAUUCAAUACCCUUACAUACCCUUACACGGCCCGCCCUUGCCUGUAAUUAGGAAGCCCAACGAAGCCUUUUAUGUACACCUCCAGGAUGCGGUAAAGGAGCAGUAUCCAGCGUUUGUUAUGGCCUAUCGACGCAAGUUUAACGCCAAGACCACGGAGCAGAGACACCAAAGAGCCAAGGAGCGCAGGAAGCAGUUCAUUAAACAGCGCGUGGAUCGAGUCUCUAGCAGAUUAGCCUACGUGGCAUUGCUGACCUCCGACUACCAUGCUAAGCGGAACAACAGCUGGUUGGCGUUGCGGAAUCACUCGGUGCAAGACAUGCAAAAACAUCUGCAUAGAUACGAGCUGAAGCUGAUGGGGCGCGUGAGGCAACUGCGUGCCCAUAAUAAGCAGGUGCAAAAGCGCAGCGAGCUGUUGCGAUAUAGGAACUAUCUGACACGCAUUGCACUGCAGCACGACGAGAAACGGAAACGCAUUGGAAUAUUUUAGGUGGAAAUAUAUUCAGGUCUGUGGCAAACAGUCUCGCUCUGAACAUAUUUCCCACUAAUAAUUUCUAUGUAUUGUCCGGGUCCAGUAAAAACCAUCAACUGGCAAUGAUGAGCUCAAAAGUUAAAGGACUUUUCAAUGCGUCAAAAGUUCCAACAUGAAACUAGCUCCAACUAAAUCACUUGUCAACCUCUGACAUAUUCCGUUUUUGGCAUGCCUCGUAGAAAAGCGCAUAAAAUCAGCUGCCUGGCAGCCACAAAGCCAAAUGCCACUCCAGUGAAUGGGGGUCAGGGCAAUUUGCUUAUAAAUAUGCUCGAUUCAAAAGGUUCUCGCUGUAGUUUUUUGUGGCUAAAGUUUUCUCUCUGCAAAAAGUUUGCGUGAAUGCAUCAAGUAAGCCAUAAUUAGCCAGGAAUUCGCUACACUCUCGCCCAGUGGUUGAAUCCAGUGGCGAUUAUGGCUUUUUGGUUAAACACAAGUAUUCCUCUUUAUGGAUUGAGGUUGGCAACCGCUCUUGUGCAGCGUCAAAGACAGUGCUCCAGCGUGUUCCCAUCGAGCCCGGUGCACCGAAAUCAUGUGCACUCAAGUGCAAUUUCAUAUGCAUUCCAGCAGCUCGCAAAGCUCCUUUGAGCUGCUGGUAUGCAAAAGUAACCGACAACUUGACUGUCUCAGGAACUUUGAAGCGUUCUUCUUAGUCUUUGGCAUGUGCCAAGUUCAACUUAAAUACUUGACCUGUUUGAAAACAGAUUUAAACUCUGGCCUCCGCAUGUUAUUCAAUUAAACACUAGACCCUGGAGUGUCGGAUGUGUGCUCAGUGCUGUCAAGAUCAUAAGCAUAAUACAAUUUGAACCCAUGACAAAGCAUUUAUUUCAGUGUGGUGCAAUUGAAUUAUAUUCAUUACACCUGGCAAAACAUUAGUCUAUAAAUACUGUUAUUUCUUUCCAAGAAAGAACUGCAUGUGAAUACCAUUCGGUCCACUGAAUUCUAUAAUUAUAAUUAAGGCAGGCAAUCCAAAACUUGUUAAUGUAGUCUUAAGAGUGAGAUUGAAUGAGAAUAUAGAAUUACAGAUUUGUGCUUGGCAAGAAUAU